AUGGAACUAGAAUUAACUGCCGCUUUCGAGGACUUAGUUCAAAGUAUGCAAAGCUUAAAUCAAAGUAUGCAUUCAUUAACAUCACUAGUUACCAAAUUUAAUCAAUUUAUGGCUGAAGCUUUUGAAACUCUAGCUCGAGAAAGAAAUGGAAAUCUCAGAGGAAAUAUUCAAGAAUGGAAAAGUGAAUCAAGAUUUGAAAAAAAGGAGAAUGAAAGCAGUACAAAGAUCGUUCAUCCAUUUAGAAAGCACCUUAUGAGAAAAAGAUUCUUUCAAUGUUACCUGGAUGUAUACUUCAAAGCUAUCGAUUAUCGUCAUCAUUACAAUCAACAUGAUUCAAAUAUUUAA